UGAAAUGUCCGUUUAUCCGAUACUGUUGCACGCAGGAGCGUGCUUGUGGUAUGUUUUCUUUUGGAACAACUUUUUAAGCAAUGGCAGUCAUCAAAAAGAGAGUGACUGGGAUCCAAAGUACCGAGACAUACAUGAAAUGGGAACUAGGUUUCUCACCAAUUGGAAUCUAUUUAUUCAGACGUUGUUUUUUGGCGGCUGUUUGUUUAACGAUUUAAUGAAAAUAUUGAACGGUCCCAACUGGUUGAAAUUAGGAUCAAAAUUUCAAACUCUACUCUCGCUGAGUUUUUCGUCGAUAUUACUGCCAACUGGAAUCGUAAGUUUCAUUUUUUAGAUUUAUUUAGUGUAU